UGUCGCGUUACAGAUUCAGCUUAUCAAAUCACUCGACACUUAAACUAGUACAUUUUACCUUAUCUCCUAAAUGGCUAUGCUUUUAACAUAUGGUCGAAUGUUUUUGUUAAAAUAUUAAGCAUAACUUUUAAACCCGUGUUGGAUGUGUAGGGUAAAGAGCAACAUGCUACAUUUUGCAGGGUUAGUUCUUAUAACAUUGAAAGCUCCAACAGCACUCGGACUAGUGUGUCUCGUUUGUGACCACGUCUCGAGCAUUCGUGAUUGCCCAUACGUCAAAACCUGUGGAUCACACGAGGUAUGCUAUUUAGAAGGACGUAACUCGAGUAAUGGGCACGCGUUAUAUCAAGGCGGAUGCAGGGAACGUCAAAAAUGCUCCACCGUCACGGCUGUUGGAAAACGGACCAAUACCGUGUUUUGUUCCCAGUGCUGCGACCACAGCUGGUGCAAGGCCUCACUUUGUGGGGGCACAGGAUAUUCUACCAAUCGAGGUCCCAUGUGUUACGAUUGUCCAGUAGGAUUGAACCAAGGAAACUAUUGUGACAGAAUUAUAGAGGCAUCACGUAAUCAGGUAUUUUCUUUACUGUAA